AUGGAAAACAAUGUUGUGGGCAAUCUAAAUAGCACUUCGGUUGUCACAGUAAAGAGAGGUCGGAGAGGACUGAGGAACGCCCAAGUCAGAGAGGAGACAACGAAGCCAGACAACUUCAACAAUAGCAUGAGCCAUAGCACGACUACUAUUACCGAGCUUAGGUCUCAUCCUUCUGCUUCCAACUCUGCUUUGUUUCUAAGACAUACCUCGGCUGGUUUUGUUACUCUCAUACUCUAUGUGGAUGAGAUGAUCAUCACUGGUUUUGAAUCUUCUGUUAUCUCUAAGGUCAAGCAAGAUCUCUUCUGCACCUUCGAAAUGAAGGAUCUGGGACCAUUGCGGUAUUUUUUUGGUAUUGAACUUAACACUACUGAUGGUGUCUCCCUGGAUGAUCCUACUUUGUAUCACGAGUUUGUGGGCUGCUUAGUCUAUCUGACAGUUACUCACCCUGAUCUUGCCUAUGUUGUUCAUGUGAUUAGCCAGUUCGUUUCUACUCCUUGCUCUCUGUAUUGGGCUGUUUUGGUUCAGAUUCUUCGCUAUCUUCGCGAUACUAUCCUCCAAGACUUGUUAUUGUCUUCUACUUCUUCCUUGGAUUUGAUGGCUUAUGCUGAUGCUGAUUGGGCUGGUGAUGUGACUGAUCGUAAGUCCACUUCUGGUUUCUGUCUAUUUCUUGGUGAUUCCUUGAUUUCUUGGAAAAGCAAGAAACAAACCGUUGUUGCCAGUUCUACUACCGAAGCUGAGUACUAUGCUAUGGCUCAUGCUAUUGCUGAGGUUAUUUGGCUUCGUUGUCUCCUCUUUGACUUGGGCGUUCCUCAGUCCUCUCUGGCCUCUCUCUACUGUGACAACCGAAGUGCUAUUUAG